AUGAAUAUCGUCUUCUAUUUUUCCGUGGAUUUUUAUCGAUUCUUUUUUCUUCUUUCUCUUCAACCUCACCACUUCCUCCAUUCUCCACCCUCCUCCUCACUCCUCCUUUCUCUUCACCACGCCUCUUUUUCCCUCCUCUUCCACUCCUCCUUUCUUUUUAACAUUUCCGCCUCGUCUUUUCUUCUUCUUACUCUUCAACCACACCCCUUCCCUCCUCCACCUCUCUUUCUUUACCCCCCCACCAUCCUCUUCUUUCUGUUUAACAUCAACUCCUCCUAUUUCUUUCUUAUUUCUCUUCAACCUCGCCACUUCCUCCAUUCUCCACCCUCCUCCUCACUCCUCCUUUCUCUUCACCACGCCUCUUCCCUCUUCCUUCCCACCUCUUUCUCUUCUUUCUGUUUAACAUCCUCUCCUCCUAUUUACUCCUCCUUUCUCUUCAACCGCGCAUCCUCUCACUCCUCCUCCUGCUCUUCUUCCUUGAAACCUCUUCUCUUCCCUUCUCCUGUUUUCUUCUUUUCCUUCUUUUUCGUCCUCUUUAAUAUCGCCCCUCCUUUCCUACUUGCUUCCUCCUCCUUGGAACUCUCAUCUCUCUUCCUCCACCCCUUCCUCUUUCUCUUCUUCUUCUUCUUCUUUUUCUUCUUCUUCUUCUUCAACAUCCCUUUCUCCUUUUUAUUCUUCAACCUUUUCCUCUUUUCCUUUUUUUUUUGA